UAAACAACUAAUGAUCUUCUUUUCUCAUAGCAGUCGAAUACGUAUUCUGCAAUUAACUUUGGCACUGCUUUGUUCUUGCUCGGAGGGUUUAUUAACAACCGAAAAACAUCAUCUGGUGCCAUUCUGUUUACUGAUAUAUGCUUUCCACCUCCAAAUGAACCCCUUAAAGCUUUUUAGUUAAGGAUAUAGGCACGACAUCACGAAAGUGGAAAUCAUCCACUUCACGUCUGUUUCCUAACUUAACAUUAGAAAAUCUUUGGUCUCUCUUAAAAUGACCCAGGUACCAGGUCAUGCUGAAAUGCUGGGAAGAAGAACCAAAUGAUCGGCCAACAUUUCAAAACCUGCGCAAGACGAUGAAGGAAAUGGAGAGAAGACACAAGGUGAGAGAUGAUAAGGCGAUAUGAUAAAGGUGGUACUAUAUUUAAGGAAAAGAUUCAUUAUUUGACUGUUUCGCCACUUAUCGGACCAGUACAGUUAUGUAACAAAGACAACAAGUGUCUGUUAACUUGGAGAUAAGGAAUGAAACACAUUCGGUGGAGGACUGACAGUCUAGCCGCCAAGUGAAGGACUUUUGUGAGGGCCUGUUUACAUGGAGGGGGGAACCCCAGGUAGGUGAGGUGACCCCCGGUUAGGUGGAGUAACCUGCCUGUCAAUAUAAUUUCUCAUAUUAAUUUGAUCACCUUUACAAGACAAGACAAUGUUUUAUUUGGAGUCUUCUACAGUCCUAUGUAUAUCGACUUUAUCCAAGUAAUUUAAAAUUAUAACACAAAUUGCACACUAGUUGAACUAUAAUCAAUGUUAACCUAAACAACUAAUGAUCUUCUUUUCUCAUAGCAGUCGAAUACGUAUUCUGCAAUUAACUUUUGCACUGGUUUGUUCUUGCUCGGAGAGUUUAUUACCAACCGAAAAACAUCAUCUGGUGCCAUUCUGUUUACUGAUAUUCUGUAUUCUUUGUUUAAGUAUUCAAAUAAAGUACUUCUUUUUUCUUGAUAGGCAGGGCAUAGAGUUAAAAAGUGUAUUUCAUCUUCUACGUCUUUUUUACAGAUAGGACUGAUCCUCUCUUCCGGUUUCUUAUAAGGUCUUAUAUACCGACCUGUCUCUAUCGCCAAUUUGUGAUUACUUAGACGGAGUUUAGUUAGAGUUAUCCGGUGUUGGACGUUGGUGACCUGACGGAGAUAAUCUUCACAUUUAUAAUUUUCUAUUGUUUUAAAUUUUUGGAAGGUUCGUAGUUUGUUCUUUUGGUUGGCGUCUUUUCUUACGUCAUUGUCUACGUCACUUAACCAUCUUUGUAAUUCGAUGUCUUUCAGUCUUUGUUUGAUAAUGUUCAAGAUUCCUAUGUCAUUUUCAUGUGCUUUUGUCCAGAGGUAUCCCAGCCCUAUUUGGUCUAAUACGCGUUUGAUUUUUUGGUCCAUAAUUCCUUAUUCAUUCUUGACUUCAUAUCAUUAUAAACCACCUGUGAUAAUUUGUGUUUUGGUGUUUGGUUAGAGUUAGCCAAAACUUAAAAUUCCUAUAUUGCGCUUCGAUUUUCAUUGGGAAUCUUCCUGUUUCAGCCCUACAUGCAUUGUUGCUGCAGUAUUUAUUUACGCCUAGCAACCAUUUCAAGAAUUUAAUUUGAACCAAUUCAGCGUGAUCUUUUUCUAUUUGGUCGUUACAGUCAACACCCCAAAUUUUACUUCCGUAGAGAAGUAUGGGGAUAUCAGAGCAUCGAAUAGCUUAAUCGUCAGCAUAAUAUUUUCUCUAAAGUUGUCACCCACCUCUUUCCUUAGUUUAUAAAGUGCCUUAAGCCCAACCUUUUUUAACUCUUCUCUAUCUAAACUAAAAUUUCCAUACGGGUUCAGUGUCAUUACCAGAUAUUUAUAAAAUUUAACAUUGUUUAGUUUAUUUACUCCAUACUUAAACGAGUAGUUAUUUAAGGACUUGCCACAAUUAUUAAAGAUCAUGGCUUUUGUUUUGUCUAGAUUUACGGUUAGUUCAGUUUGCUCACAGUAGGAUUCCAACUUGUUGAGGAGUGUUUGUAGGCCAUUUGCUGACCGCGAAAAGAUCAUUAAGACAUCCGCAUAUAAUAAACAGUUUAUAGGUCUUUGAGAGUCAUCAAGCAAAAUAUCGGUUGAGCUUGAUGAAUUUAGAAAUUCGGGUAGAUCACUUAGAUAGAGAUUAAAAAGGGUGGGUGAUAACAUACAGCCUUGCUUAACUCCAGUGUAACACGGAAAAGCUUCGGUCAUUUUGUUAUUGAUUUUGACUGUUGAUUUAUCUUUUGAGUACAUGGACAUUACUAUUUCUAAACAACGCCCUUUAACUCCUUCUUUUCUGAGUUUUCCGAAUAAUUUUUGCCUGGGUAUGCGAUCAAAAGCUUUUCUAAAAUCUACAAAACACGAGAAAAGCAAGUUUCUGCGUUUUUGUGGUUCAGAUUUAACAAAACUAUCUAUGAGUGUUUUUAAGAUGAAGAUGCUAUCUACUGUACCGUGCCUUUUUUUAAAGUCGCCUUGUUCUGCUGUUAGAAUCCUUUUUUUGGUCAUGUAAUCAUACAAUCGAUCAUUGAGGAUGGAUGUGAAGAGUUUACCUAAUGCAGAGAGCAACGUGAUGCCUCGGUAGUUUUCAGCUUUUGAUCGAUCAUCCUUUUUAUGUAUAGGGACGAUGAGGCCAAAACUCCAGAGCGUAGGAUAUUUACUUGAACUUAAAAUACGAUUGAAUAACUCUAGUAGAUGACGUUUUAUGAUAUCUUUCCCUUCUUUUAGCACUUCAUUUAAUAUUUUAUCACACCCUGGGGCUUUGUUUACUUUCAGUUUUUUGAAUGCGAAAUCAAUUUCUUCUUCGGAUAUUGCAUAGUCUAGGGGGCCUGCCUCUUCUUCAAUAACUCCAGUAUCUUCUAGAUCUGUCUGGACGCCGUUCGUUGGAGCCGCGUUUUGUUGUUUGAACUAUUCAUAAAACUGUCCCGCACUUACUGUUUCGGUUCCAUGUGGUUGCCGUUUUCUAAUGUUAAAGAUUUUACCUAUCUGUUUCCAGGUAUCUUGAGGAUUACAGAGGUCAAUAUCGCCUAUACUCUUACUGACAAACUCUCGUUUUUUCCGUCUGCAUGUCCGUUGGGAAUUAUUUGGCUCCUGAGAAAUUUGUUCCCCAAGGGAUUUCAGGUUUUAUUUUUCAGUUUCACAUUCCAGAUCGAACGAGUUAUUUUGUGAUAUGGCUUUAGUUUUGUUACGUUGAACUUUCAAGCCGGCUUUUUUACAUGCUUCCACCAGAGUUUCACUAAAUAAAUUCAGCCGCAGUGUCAGCAUUAUCGUUUCUUAAGGCCGCUUGUAGUUUAGACUGAACUAUUUGUGAUUCCAGACAUUCUUUUAGCUUAUUCUUCAAUUUGGUAUCCCAUAAUAGUCUAUUAUGUUCAGAUAAGGUGCAUCCGUUCGAGCAGCUAGAGGAAACUGGACUGCCGGCUAGAAUAGCUUUAAUAGCAUAAGUCACAUGACAAUGAUCUGACAAAUGUGGCAUUAGGGGGUUAACGAUUAAGUAUCGCACAUUUUAAAGUAUAGCUUUAGAGCCUAUGACAUAAUCCACGACACUGCUGCCAGGUCGCCAUGAUAGGUAGGGUGACUCGCCGCAUGUUACCUCGCCUAUCUGAGGUCCCUCACCUCCAUGUAAACAGGCCCUAAGACUACUGAGAAAAAGACAAAUUAAUUGCAAAGACAUUUGGAAUUAAUUUUGGAAUAUAUUCUACAAAAACAGCUCGUAAAAAAUACCAAAGAGUUAACCUGCGUAAAUAAGUGUAUUCUGAAGAUGAUUAAAAGUGGUUCCCUCUUUCUUGUAAAUAAAAACAGUAUUAAAUAAGGUCGAGGGAGAUAACACAUUCCAGGAUCUGCAUAAUUCUUCAAAUCACACAAAAGACGAAUCCAAUAAAUUGUUUAUUAUUCAUCCAAACAAAUUUUAAUUUCAAAACCUGCUCACCUUGAUAUAGCUUUCAUGCUUCAUGUUUACUUUGAUGUAAUAUUCUCUUCUUCAAAACCUUGGUUCGUUCCUCGUUACUUUUAGAUUACGAGAGGAUGUUUAUAUUCUCGCAGACAUUCUUCAAAUAACACUUGCAAUCUCUUGAGUGGUAUUUGUGCUAUUCUUGCUAAGGUUUAAGGCACUUUUUUGUCUCUUUCCACUUCACUUAGCACUCAAAAUCCACUGUUUUUUUUUGCCCUGUGUUCCCUGCACGUAUGUUUCCCUUUAUUUUUCGAUGUCGUUCUGUUAUCGACAAGCGUUUUCCAAAUUUGGUCAACGGUAGCUACUUUUUAUGCAGAAUUAGCCGGGGGAUUUCAGCCAAUCAGAAACAAAGGAACGUUUUGAAUGAACUAAGGACUAGAACUUAAUUUUGCGAAAAUGGAACGCACAUAUUUCGCGCGACUCAGAUUUCGCGGUUAGAUGAAAAAGGAAAUGAGGCGAAUUACAUUUUACGAAUUGUGUUUUAAUGAUGAACUCGACGAAUCGCACAAGUGACCUUAAUUUGACAUAGCAAUUAUUAAGCUUUAAUAAUGAUAAUAAUAAUAAUGAACUACAUGUAAUUAUAGUAAUAAUCGUCACCAUCGUGCAUCAUGAUAACGUUGCAAUACAUUUCUAAGUCACAGCUUAAAAACUUAAGCUAACUUCAUUCUUGAUUGAUGUUCACAGACGUACGUCAACCUGAGACAGUAUGAUGGCCUUCUAUAUGCCAACGUCCAUGCCGAGAAUGGGACUGAAUAGUAACUGAUGGUGACUAUCUGGAAUAAAGGAUUGCAAAGUUCGUCGGCAUGAUAUUGGUGGAGGGUUGUGUGACUAUUGGAACAAAAGAACUGAAAAUAAACAAUUACAUCACUUAGUCAAACUGAAGCUUAAACUGCGCAGAUUUCUAUCUGGAGGACAUUAAAAUUAGAAUUUUUGAACAUGUAAGCUAGGUCUUUUUAGAUUUACGAAACAAGGAAAAAAAGGACUACAGUGCAUCGUCUAUUGUAAGCCAAUGCAUUUGAGUAUAUAUUACAACUUUCUGAACGCAGUAGUGAUAUUUGUCGUGAUCUUUUACAUGAGGAUAAAAAUCGGCAUUUAAUGUGCAUAAACCUUGUUUUGUUUUUUUAAUGUUUAAAUAACGGAGUGAUCUUGGAUUCGAGUCCCAGGUCUGACCACUAGAAGCAGUUUUUUUCGUUGGUUGCUCGAAUUUCAAUUCUCAGCCAUGUUGUAAAUAACGAACGGGUUGCCACUUACUC